UGAUGUACUUGGAAGAAAGACGGCUCGUUCAUCGGGACUUGGCAGCCCGUAAUGUCUUAGUGAAAUCUCCAAACCAUGUGAAAAUCACAGAUUUUGGACUAGCCAGACUCUUGGAAGGAGAUGAAAAAGAGUAUAAUGCUGAUGGAGGAAAGAUGCCAAUUAAAUGGAUGGCUCUGGAGUGUAUACACUAUAGAAAAUUCACCCAUCAGAGUGACGUUUGGAGCUAUGGAGUCACCAUCUGGGAACUGAUGACCUUUGGCGGAAAACCCUACGAUGGAAUUCCAACCCGAGAAAUCCCCGACUUGUUAGAGAAAGGAGAACGUUUGCCCCAGCCUCCCAUCUGCACUAUUGACGUUUACAUGGUCAUGGUCAAAUGUUGGAUGAUUGAUGCUGACAGUAGACCUAAAUUUAAAGAACUGGCCGCUGAAUUUUCGAGGAUGGCUCGAGAUCCUCAAAGAUAUCUAGUUAUACAGGGUGAUGAUCGCAUGAAGCUUCCCAGUCCAAAUGACAGCAAGUUCUUUCAGAAUCUCUUGGAUGAAGAGGAUCUAGAGGAGAUGACGGAUGCUGAAGAAUACCUGGUCCCUCAAGCUUUUAACAUCCCGCCUCCCAUCUACACUUCCCGAGCAAGAAUGGACGCAAAUAGGGUCCUUGUUAAAGGAAUUGUGCUUAAAUAUCAUUUUAUUUUCAGGCGUUAA